AUGGCAUAUUAUGCUGCUCUUGUUUCUCUUGUGCACUUACUCGACGACAUAAUUCUUCGUGAUCGAUAUCCGAAUUUCUAUCUUUGUAAACAGCCAAUCGUAAAAACUCUCCAUGAAAAGUUCAGCUUUCUGGAAGCAUUACUGCAAGAUUAUUCAUCCAAUGGCGACGAGGCCAAUGUCAACGUGGAAGCGCGCAUAAGAGACGUGGCGUAUCGAGCGCAAGAUGUUAUUGAAACCGGGAUCUCAAAUCAGGUCGAUGCAAAUGGGAGAGAUCUUAAGUUCAGUACUAGUCAACGACUUGCCAUGGACGACUUGUUGAAGGUGUAUGAAGAUGUGGAUUCCAUUGUGAAAGAUGUUAUAACUAUGAAGGAGAGCCCGGGAAACGAAGAUCUUCAGGGAAAGAACUAUUCUGCUCCUACCGGUACGUUGAAAUCAACAUCAACUGGUGUUAAUACUAUGGUUGGAUUUGAUGAAGAUCUGCUGAAAAUUAAAGAUCAGCUCUGUGGGCAUUCAUCCGAACUCCAAGUCAUUCCCAUCGUUGGAAUGGGCGGAAUGGGCAAGACUACUUUGGCUAGAGCUGCCUUCAAUGAUCGGCUUAUUUUGGAAUACUUCGAUCGCCUUGUUUGGAUAGUCGUAUCUCAAGAUUAUCGUGUAAAUGAAGUUCUUCUAAACGUCUUAAAAUGCAUGGAUGUUGAAAUCGAUGGAUUGAAUGGAAAAGAAGUGAGAUUUUUAAAGGAGCAUAUAUAUAAAGGUUUAAUAGGUCGAAGAUACCUCAUUGUAAUCGAUGAUGUUUGGAGUGCCAAGGUUUGGGAUGAUAUAAAGCAUGCAUUCCCAAAUUCCUUCGAUGGGAGUCGAAUCUUAUUAACUACUAGAUUGGUAGAUGUGGCGAAUUAUGUGCGCAGCUCCGAGUUUCUUCAUGAGAUGCAAUUCCUAGACGAGGAUGCGAGUUGGAAUUUACUUCGGGAAAAGGUGUUCGCUCAAGAACAUUGCCCUCAAGAUUUGGAAGAUAUCGGAAAGCUCAUAGCAAGCGAAUGCAAAGGGCUUCCACUUGCGAUUGUCGUAAUUGCAGGUAUCCUUUCAGACAUUUUAACAACACAACAUUGGGAAAAGGUUUCCGGAAAUGUCUGCUCUUUCUUGAGUAAAUCUGGCGAUGAACACUUAUCCAACAUUCUAUCUUUGAGCUACAAUCACUUGCCUCAUUUGCUCAAAGCUUGUUUUCUAUACAUUGGAAGUUUUCCGGAAGACUCUGAAAUCAACGUACGUAGGCUAACAAGGUUGUGGGUUGCGGAGGGAUUCUUGAAAUUAGUUGAAAGAUUCGAAACUGCAGAGCAAAUGGCAGAGGAAUGUCUCGAAGAUCUAGUGAAAAGAAAUCUUGUUCUUAUUGUAAAGAAAAGGGCGAAUGGACGAUUCAAGAACUGCAUGAUGCACGAUGUUUUGAGAGAUUUUUGUAGACAAAGAGCUGUGAAUGAAGGUUUCUUUCAUGGGAUAGACUGGGAGCGAUGUUUCCGACUGCGCAAUACGAACUCAGAUGCUUAUUCUGAGCCGUGGGCAGCACAAGGUGCUCGUAAACAAGUCCAAACCAUUUUAUGGUUUAACAGACUGAACUUCGAGAAUGUCUCUGUCUUGGAAUGUCCAAGCUUCCGACUGUUGAAAAUAUUGGAUGCAUCUGAUGCCGAGCGCUGUUCUGCGCCACGGGCAUUCUCACGGAUGUGUCAUCUCAAGUACGUCGCUCUGAAACUUGGCGGGAAUGAAAAACUUCAAUUUCUUCCACAUAUAUUCAAGCUCCGGAGCCUCCAAACCUUGAUGAUAUAUAGUCCUUAUAUUCCUCGCCUCUGGUUCAACUUGCCGCCUGCAUUUUGGCAAAUGGCGCGACUAAGGCACCUUAUAAUUAGUCCAUCAAUGACAUUGCCACCUCUUUCUCCGGAUGGAAAUGCACCAUUACCUGUCCGGAGACUAGAAGAUUUGCAGACACUCGAGACAGUAGAGAAUUUCGUAUUCACCAAGAAGGCUGUAGAAAUGCUUCCCAACCUUACAAAAUUGAAUAUUUCCAUCACUGAGGGAACCAGUCGAAUCUGGGAGAUGUAUGGCCUUGGCAAUCUAGUCCAUCUACGCCGACUUGAGGAGCUUAGAAUAAGUUUCAACAUCAAUAUGCAAUCUGGUAAUUCCUUGGGGAGUAGCUUUGCCUUUCCGGAAAAUCUUAAGAAGCUAUCUUUGUUUCGUUGCAAACUUCAUUGGAAUGAAAUGACAGCAGUCGGUUCCCUUCCGAGCCUCCGAGUUCUCAUGCUAAAAGACUACUCAUUUUCGGGAGAAGAAUGGAAACCAGUCAAAGGAGAAUUCCAGCAGCUCAAGUUCUUGCUCAUGGAGGGACUAAAUUUGAAGCAUUGGCGAGCAGACAACACGCACUUCCCACGCCUUCAACACCUCAAAAUCUACGAGUGCUACCGGUUAGAGAAGAUCCCCGACAAAAUUGGGGAGAUCGGGACAUUGGAAUCCAUUACUGUGUAUGAUAGCAGUAUGGGAGCAAGAAAUUCUGCAAAGGAUAUUCUAGAAGAACAACGAAGCGAGGGAAAUGAUGAUCUUCGUGUUUUUGUUCACUAA